GUAGAUGAUGAUUAUGACAUAAGCAAAAUUUCUGAUGAAUUAUUUAUCUCCGCUAAAUUAAAGUCUGCGUUUUCCCCCUUAGAGAUUCGCAAAAUAAAAGAUGAUCAAAAAUAUUCCUGA